CAAAUACAACCCAUACGACCUUGGUAUGAUAUUGAACUUCCACCUCUUUCAAAUAAUUCGUCUGAGGUUCCAACUUCCGAAGCAAGAAUUACUUCAAAAUACGAUACUGCAAAAAAACUAUUAACAACUGAAAAUGAACAAUAUGAAGCCAACCCAGUAUUACACCAUUCAUUUGACCGCACUUUUUACACAACAAUGCUUAAAUCUGGUACUCUUAAGGAUAAGAUAUCAACUCUAUCUGUUCUUGUUGAUGAAUCUCCUAUCCAUGCGGUUCAUGCAUUAGAUACAUUAAUGAGUAUGGCUAAGAAGAAGGGUAGAGAUGAGGCAGUUCAAGCGAUUGAUUGUUUAAUGCAUUUAAUGAUUGAAUCUAUUCUACCUAACCGAAAGCUCAAAUAUUUUCGUGAUCAACCAUUAAAUGAUCCAAAAGUAUCGGACAAACACUUGAUAGUUUGGGCAUUUGAAGACUAUAUCAAAAAUUAUUAUUAUGAAUUACUUCGUGUGAUUGAAACACUAUCUCAUGAUGUUCUAACAUUCGUGAGGCAGAAAAUGAUUUCGAUAAUUUUCACAUUGUUUAAAGAAAAGCCCGAACAAGAGCAAAAUUUAUUAAGAUUGUUAGUUAAUAAAUUGGGUGAUAAAGAACGAAAAGUAGCAUCUAAAACAUCUUACUUAAUUAAUCAAAUAUUUGAAGUUCAUCCGUUAAUGAAACUUCAUAUUACAAGAGAAAUUGAACAAUUAAUUUUGUUUCCCGCUGCGAACGAACGAGCUUUAUAUUAUGGUGUCAUUACGUUAAAUCAAAUUAUUCUCACAAAGAAUGAUACUGAAGUGGCUAAUAAAUUAAUUGAUAUUUAUUUCAUUCUUUUUACCACAUUAUUGGAACUAAAAAAUAAGGAGAUAAAAAAUGCUAAGAGUACGAAAAAGAACAAAAAACAGAAUACAAAAAAAUCAAAGGAGGAUAACGAGACUAAAAGUGAAGAUAUUGUGAAUUCUAAACUUGUCACUGCAAUAUUAACGGGUGUAAAUAGGGCUUACAAAUUUGCUAAGGUGGACCAUAGUGUAUACGAAUCCCGUUUGAACGUUUUAUAUCGUAUUACAUGUAUUGGUACCUUUAAUAUUAGUAUACAAGCAUUGAUGCUAAUUUAUCAAAUUUCCUGCGAAAGAAAGUCAUUGUCUGAACGUUUUUACCGUGCUCUCUACCAGUCGUUACUUGACCCUCGUCUCAGCCGAUCAUCAAAACAUGCGAUGUACUUAAACUUAUUAUUCAAAGCCUUAAAGGAUGAUCCAAAAAUAAUACGUGCUGAAGCUUUUAUAAAGAGAUUGAUACAAAUAUGUGGCCAUCAUUUACCACCUUUUAUCUGUGGAGCUUUUUAUAUGAUUUCAGAGCUUGUAAAAAGGCAUCCAUCGCUUAAUAACUUGAAUCGAGGUGAUAAAUCUAAACAAAGUCAAUCAUCGUCCAAGAUAACAAAUUCUCGAAAGUAUGAUGGUCGAAAACGAGAUCCUCAAUAUAGUAAUGCUGAUAAAACGUGUAUAUGGGAAUUGGUAAAUUCCAAUAUUUCAAUCUUUGCUUUAUAUGCAAAGCAACUACUUGAGAAUAUACAUAUCGAUCCACCACCUGAACUUCAUCAUCAUACAUUAUCACAUUUUCUGGAUAGAUUUGUAUAUCGUAAUCCUAAAAAAAACGAUCGAAUUAAAGGUGGUAAUCCCUUACUUCAGCCAACUGUCGCCUCGGAACCAGGAAUGGUAGUAAUGAAGAAAGGUACUGGAAUAUCUAAAGAUGAAAUAAAUGUGAAUUCCGAUGAAUUUUGGAGGAGAAAGCUGGAUGACGUACCAGAGGAUCAGGUAUUCUUUCACAAAUAUUUUACACAAAAAAACGAAGGAAAGCAAGUAAAAAAAGUGAAAAAGGAAUCGGAAAGAACAACUGACUUUCUUGACAAUGACCAAGAUGAAGAUGAAUUAGAGGAUGAAAUAUGGGCAGCAAUGAAAUCAACAUUGCCUAUUAAAAUGGAUUCAGAUCUCGAGGAUAGCGAGGAUGAUGAUGAGCUUAAUGAUUUAGAGGACUUAAAGGUCUUUGAAAGACGCCUUUAG